AUGCCCAGAGUGCUCCUGCUGCUGUCUGCUGCCCUGGUGCUCCUCGGGCCUGUGCAUGGAGCCACCCUGAGGAGCAAGGAGACAUGGAAGCCGCUUAGCAACCCCCAGAACCGGGACCUGUUUUUCAGAACCCUUCAGGCGUAUUUUAAGGGAAGAGGUCUUGACCUUGAAAAGUUUCCAAAUACUUUCUCCACGAACGAGAACCCCAGACCCCUCUCUGUGCAGUCGGAGCUCAUGGCCUCUGCCUUCGCCAAGUACAAAGAGCAGAGAGACUCCCUUCCCGGCAACCUCAAAAGCUGA